CUGGCAAGAGCUCGUGUAGUGCGACAUGGCGUCUUCUUGAAGCGUAGCUAAAUCGUAAAUAUUUUGUUGACAAAUAGUUAAGAUGGCAGCAGACUCCUCUGACAAGAAGGAUGCUGAAUCCUCAGGGACCAAAGACAGAGAUAGGAAGCGCAGCCGGUCACGAGAGCGGGAACGUAAAGCCUCACCACGCAAACGCCAUCGUUCUCGUGACCGAAAUCGCUCUAAAUCUGCAGAAAGGGACCGACGCAUGAAAGACAAGGACAGAGACAAGGAACGUGACAGAGAUAAGGACCGAGAUAGGAGCCGUAAGGACAGAGACAGCCAUCGACGUGAUAAAGAUCGCAACAAGAGGUCCAGAAGUCUUUCGCCCAAGUCAAAGGAUGCUAAAUUAAAGAAAGAGAAGGAUAUAAAAACAGAAGAGGAUGAAGAUGAAAAGAAGAAGAAAGAGAAGGUCCAGCCUUUGUCUUUGGAAGAGCUUCUCACCAAGAAGAAGGCAGAAGAGGAAGCAGAGGCAAAGCCCAAGUUCCUCUCCAAGGCUGAACGAGAAGCCGAGGCUCUGAAACGGAGGGAGCAACAGACGGAGGAAAGGAGGAGGUUGAUGGAAGAAGAGAGGAAGAAGAGAAGGAUGUUCCAGGACAUGGGCAGAAAAAUGCUGGAGGACCCCCAGGAAAGGGAGAGACGGGAACGAAGAGAGAGAAUGGAGCGAGAGAACAACGGGAAUGAAGACGAUGACGGACGACAAAAGCUGAGAGAGGAGAAAGAUAAAAGCAAAGAACUCCACGCCAUCAAGGAGCGUUACCUUGGUGGGCUCAAGAAACGCCGGAGAACUCGUCACCUGAACGACAGGAAGUUUGUGUUUGAAUGGGAUGCUUCUGAAGACACUUCAGUCGACUACAACCCAAUUUACAAAGAAAAGCAUCAGGUCCAGCUGUACGGCCGAGGCUUCAUCGCUGGCAUUGACUUGAAGCAGCAGAAAAGAGAGCAGUCACGUUUCUAUGGUGACCUGAUGGAGAAGAGACGAACGCUGGAGGAAAAGGAGCAGGAAGAAACGAGACUGAAGAAGAUGCGUAAGAAGGAAGCCAAGCAGCGCUGGGACGACAGGCAUUGGUCUCAGAAGAAGCUGGACGAGAUGACGGACAGAGACUGGCGUAUCUUCAGAGAGGACUACAGCAUCACCACCAAGGGAGGAAAGAUCCCGAACCCAAUCAGAAACUGGAAGGAGUAUUCACUGCCCGCACACAUCCUGGAGGUCAUCGACAAAUGUGGCUACAAGGAUCCGACACCUAUUCAGAGGCAGGCCAUUCCUAUUGGUUUACAGAACCGUGACAUCAUUGGUGUGGCCGAGACCGGUAGCGGUAAAACAGCUGCUUUCCUGAUUCCACUGCUGGUCUGGAUAACCACCCUGCCAAAAAUUGACAGGAUUGAAGACUCAGACCAGGGUCCUUAUGCUGUGAUCCUGGCCCCGACUCGUGAGUUGGCGCAGCAGAUUGAAGAGGAGACCAUAAAGUUCGGUAAACCGCUCGGCAUCCGCACAGUGGCUGUGAUUGGAGGAAUCUCCAGAGAGGACCAGGGCUUCCGUCUCAGGAUGGGCUGUGAGAUUGUGAUCGCCACCCCCGGGCGUCUGAUCGACGUGCUGGAGAACCGCUACCUGGUCCUGGGCCGCUGCACAUACGUGGUCCUCGACGAGGCUGAUCGUAUGAUUGACAUGGGUUUCGAGCCCGACGUCCAAAAGAUUCUGGAGUACAUCCCAGUGACCAAUCAGAAACCAGACACGGAGGAGGCGGAGGACCCUGAGAAGAUGAUGAUGAACUUUGAAUCUGGAAAACAUAAAUACAGACAAACGGUCAUGUUCACAGCUACUAUGCCUCCAGCUGUGGAGAGACUGGCCAGGAGCUACUUGAGACGUCCUGCCGUGGUGUACAUCGGGUCUGCUGGCAAACCUCACGAGAGAGUCGAACAGAAGGUCUUGCUUAUGUCAGAGGGAGAGAAGAGGAAGAAGCUGCUGGAGGUGUUGUCGCACGGCUUCGAGCCUCCCAUCAUCAUCUUUGUCAACCAGAAGAAGGGUUGUGACGUGCUGGCCAAAUCUCUGGAGAAGAUGGGGUACAAUGCUUGCACGCUGCACGGUGGCAAAGGCCAGGAGCAGAGAGAGUUCGCUCUCUCCAAUCUCAAGGCAGGAGCCAAAGAUAUCUUGGUGGCCACAGACGUUGCUGGUCGAGGUAUCGACAUCCAGGACGUCUCCAUGGUCAUUAACUACGACAUGGCUAAAAACAUCGAAGACUACAUCCAUCGUAUCGGUCGUACGGGUCGUGCUGGUAAGAGUGGUGUGGCCAUGACUUUCCUCACUAAAGAGGACUCUGCGGUGUUCUACGACCUGAAGCAGGCUAUCCUCGAGAGCCCGGUCUCCACCUGCCCUCCAGAGCUGACCAACCACCCGGACGCUCAGCACAAACCUGGAACCAUUCUGACCAAGAAGAGACGCGAGGAGACCAUCUUUGCCUGAUUUACCCUGGCUCUCUCAAUACAAGUUGGACUUCCACUGAACACACACUUUGGUUUCAGACUGUUUUAUCAUGUUGUAGUUGUACACAAUGUGCAUUUCUCAGUUUUACGUUCAGGAUUUGGUCUCCAGGUCAUUCACAUCCAUUUCUAUUGUUCUUUGUCCACCAUGCCUCCCAUUCCGUCUGUCUGUUUUUGUCUUUUCAACCAGUGUGAGGUUAGAAAAAAUAGAUUCGCUAACUGGUGCAGAAAUCAUCACCACGCUGGUUUUGGGAUUAAAAGGCUCAGCUCAGUGUGUAAAUGUGGACUCUGCUAGAUGCUUGUUUUGCUUCUAUAAACAAGAUCAGUAAGCAGGAGCCUGAUGAUGUAACUGAUCUGCACUGUGUAAAUGUUACUCUUUAAUUAUCAAAUGUGAUAAAUACCAGCCAGGAUGUGAGUGUAGAUGAGCAGUAAGUGCUAAGUUGUGCAUUUUUAUUAAUUUUCUGUCAGCAUAAUCUGAAUUUCCUGACUGUUAAAGAGACCAAUGCCAGAAGUGACAACUUUUGCUUCAGAUUCAUCCUCUGACUAAAUUCAUCGUUUAAAAUAUAAACAUUUGUAUGACGUGAAUACAGCAAAUUUGAGUAACAUCUGUGUCAUCUGACUACUGUGCGUGGGUUAAUCUAUGGAUGCAGAGCAGGGGUUGAAACCUUUCAAAGAUGUACAAAAGAGCAAAAUUCAGGCACUCACACAGGAGGAAGGGGAUUCAUGUGGAGUUUUGAUUUAAAAGUCUGUUAUUAGUUUCAUGGCUUGUUCAUGAGACAAUAAAAAAGGAUUGCGAUAGAACAGAAAGCCCCAAAAAGCAACAAGUGAAACACAAGGUCAAGUCAUAAAAU